AUCACAUCACCGCUCCCUCUCACCCCACCCUCUCUCUUAAUCUGAGUAUGUAUGUGACUGAACAAGUUCAAAAAAGUUGGAAACCCCCAUUUGAAUUUUCUCUCUCUUCUUAUUUCGAUCUCCUCCUUCAAUUCAAAAUCUUCCUCCAAAUUUCUUCAAUUUCUAGGGUUUCUCUCUCUCUCCUCCACAUCUUUCGCUUCGAUCUCUAUCUCUUUCUCUCUCCUCUGCGUUUGAUCUACUCUUUCUUUCUUCGAUCUCUUUCCUUAGAUUCGAUUUUGAUCUAAAACAAUGGAGGCGAUCGAAGAAUUGUCUCAGCUUUCAGAUGCGAUGCGCCAAGCUGCUGCUGUGCUCGCUGAUGAAGAUGUUGAUGAUACUUCUGUGUCGUCGUCUCGCCGUAACUCCACUUUCCUCAAUGCUGUCGCACUUGGCAAUGUCGGUGCGGGUAAAUCAGCAGUGUUGAAUAGUCUGAUUGGACAUCCAGUUUUGCCAACUGGUGAAAAUGGUGCUACACGGGCUCCCAUAAGCAUUGAUUUAAACAGGGAUAGCUCUCUAAGUAGCAAGUCCAUUGUUUUGCAAAUUGACAAUAAAACUCAGCAGGUGUCUGCAAGUGCUCUUAGGCAUUCACUUCAGGAUAGACUCAGCAAGGGCUCAUCAGGAAAGACUCGUGAUGAGAUAUAUCUGAAGCUGCGCACUAGUACAGCUCCACCUUUGAAAUUAGUUGAUCUGCCUGGGUUGGAACAGCGGAUUGUGGAUGAGUCUAUGAUCAGUGACUAUGUGGCACACAACGACGCAAUUUUGUUGGUGAUCAUUCCUGCCUCUCAGGCGCCAGAAGUUUCUUCAUCAAAAGCUCUCAGACUUGCUAAGGAGUAUGAUUCAGAAGGAACGAGAACAAUUGGAGUAAUCAGCAAAAUAGAUCAAGCUGCCUCAGAACCUAAAGCCCUUGCUGCUGUACAGGCUUUAUUGUUGGGUCAAGGACCAAGAAGUACAGCUGAUAUGCCUUGGGUUGCUUUGAUUGGCCAGUCUGUGUCGAUAGCUACUGCUUCUGGAAAUUCUGGAACAGAGAACUCCUUAGAAACUGCUUGGCGAGCUGAAAGUGAGAGUCUCAAGUCUAUCUUAACCGGGGCUCCACAAGGCAAGCUUGGUAGGAUAGCUUUGGUGGAAUCAUUGGCUGCACAAAUACGCAAUCGCAUGAAAGUCAGGCUUCCAAAUAUUCUUUCUGGACUUCAGGGCAAGUCCCAGAUAGUUCAGGAUGAACUAGUAAAACUUGGGGAGUCAAUGGUUUCUAGUGUUGAAGGUACGAGAGCUCUGGCAUUGGAGCUUUGUCGGGAAUUUGAGGAGAAAUUCUUGAGGCACGUUACUGGCGGUGAGGGUAAUGGAUGGAAGAUUGUUGCCAGUUUUGAGGGAAAUUUUCCUAACAGGAUCAAGCAGCUUCCAUUGGACAGACACUUUGAUAUUAACAAUGUCAAAAGGAUUGUUCUAGAAGCAGAUGGUUACCAACCAUAUCUUAUAUCUCCAGAAAAGGGGUUAAGAUCCUUAAUAAAGAGUGUCCUUGAAAUGGCAAAAGAACCAUCGCGGCUUUGUGUUGAUGAGGUGCAUCAUGUACUUGUGGACAUAGUGUCUCAAGCUGCAAAUGCUACACCGGGCCUUGGAAGAUACCCACCAUUUAAGAGAGAGGUAAUUGCAAUUGCAAGUUCUGCGCUUGAUGUGUUUAAAGGUAAAGCAAAGCAAAUGGUAGUUGACUUGGUAGAUAUGGAGCGUGCCUUUGUUCCACCACAACACUUCAUUCGUUUGGUGCAGCGGAGGAUGGAGAGACAAAGGCGUGAAGAAGAAGUGAAGAGUCGAUCUUCCAGGAAAGGGUUGGAUGCAGAGCAAUCGAUUUUGAAUAGGGCAUCAAGUCCUCAGACAAGUAGCCAACAAAGUGGUGGGAGCUUAAAAGCAAUGAAGGAAACAAAGUCUGAUAAAGAGAAGGACAAAGACAAAGACAAAGAUAAAGAAGGACAAGAGGGUUCUGGUCUAAAAACAGCUGGGCCAGAUGGAGAAAUUACUGCAGGUUUCUUAUUGAAAAAGAGUGCUAAAACUAACAGUUGGACUAGACGAUGGUUCGUGCUGAAUGAGAAAACUGGAAAGCUCGGGUAUACAAAGAAACAAGAGGAAAGACAUUUUCGUGGUGUAAUCACUUUGGAAGAGUGUCAUAUUGAAGAAAUUGCUGAUGAAGAAGAGGCCCCUCCAAAAAAUUCCAAGGACAAGAAAUCAAAUGGGCCUGAUAAAGGUCCCAGUCUGGCAUUCAAGUUGACGAGUAAAGUACCAUACAAGACUGUUCUCAAAGCACAUAGUGCUGUCCUGUUGAAAGCGGAGAGUCCGGCGGACAAGGUUGAGUGGAUCAACAAGUUGAAAAACAUUGCAACACUUAAAAGUGGUCAAGGAAUGGGUGAACCUGGACUCCCAAUGCGUCAAAGUCAUUCUGAUGGUUCUCUUGAUACAAUGGCCAGAAGGCCUGCAGACCCAGAAGAGGAGCUGCGCUGGAUGUCUCAAGAAGUCCGUGGAUAUGUAGAAGCCGUCCUAAACAGCCUUGCUGCAAAUGUGCCAAAGGCUGUUGUUCUUUGCCAAGUGGAGAAAGCUAAAGAGGAUAUGCUAAAUCAAUUGUACAGUUCCAUAAGUGGCCAGAGCUCAGCAAAGAUUGAAGAGCUUCUUCAAGAAGACCAAAAUGUGAAACGUAGAAGAGAACGUUAUACGAAGCAGUCAACUAUUUUAUCAAAACUCGUGAGGCAACUAAGUAUUCAUGAUAACCGGGCAGAUGCUGCAUCUGAUGGUGGUAGUGGUCCAGAAAGCAGCCCCAGAACAGGGGGCGCAGGGGCUGGGGAUGAUUGGAGAACUGCAUUUGAUGCUGCUGCUAAUGGGCCUACAGAUUUCUCUAGGACUCACAGUCGGCGAUAUAGUGAUCCAGCGCAAAAUGGUGAUCUGAAUGGCGGAUCUGGUUCAAGCUCAAACAGCCGUCGCACGCCAACACGAUUGCCCCCUGCUCCACCUUCAUCUGGUAGAUACUAGAUGCUCAGUAGAAUGAAGGUAGACGGAGUUUGGAUGACUGAAUUGAUGAUUCAUGUAAUUCUUGCUGGGGGUGGGUGUUUUGAUCAUGUUCCCUGAUAUUGAGCAUUUCUUCUGCUCUCCUUAUAUGUUAUAAUAGUUUUGUAGAUUGGAAAAAAAAAAAGGCGAUUCUUGUAGAUAGAUUAUGGGCGGUGUUUAUUUUCACCAUUGACGACUGGCUUUUGAGAUGUAUUGGCAGUUUGUUCAUUUCAAAAUUUUCUUGUUUCCCCCCCCCUUUCCUUAGGGGAAAUGAUGUCUUUUUCACAUUAAUUAUUGAAGUUCUUUUUGCACGAGAUUAUAAAAAAAUAUAGAGGUCAUAACGAGUGCAACGUCAGCACUUUUAAGAAUGUA